UCAACAAGCCGCGGUGGAUCUAACUAAAACGAUUCAUAUUUCAUAAGAACUUGCGUUUCAACAGCGCUGCAUCGUACCCACUGCCAUGCCGGCAGCCGUGAUAACCAACAUUGCCUGUACGGCUCGUACAAUAUCCGCACGCUUCUAAACAACAACCAGUUAAACGGAAGUAGAUAAAUAUUUCAUUCAUAGACAACGCAAUAGUUCGUGCAAAUCGAUUUAAACAUCGGCAGGACACCGAUAUUUUGAAAAUCGAAUCAAAAGGAAGCGGAAUAAAUAAACAAUAAACAAAAGUUUAAAAAUCGAAUCAGAAAAUAAAACAAGAAACAGAAAAGAAACGAAUCGAAUUUAAGUGAAACAAGAUAAACAAAUUACUGAGAAUUUCAAAAAUCGAAUCAAAACAAGAAACAUCAUAAAUAAAUUAAGGAGAGACCGAAAAUCGAAUCAAAGAACAUCGAAGACAGAUAAAAACUAGCAAAGAUGCGAUCAUUUUAAAUAUAGAAUUAUAGAAUCACUGGACUUUCAGGAAUCGAAUCACUGAAGCAGCGAAGUGAUGUUUGUGAAAAAAGGAGCUUUUGAAAUCACGAUGCUAUCGACGAUUUAAAAAUAGAAUAUGGCAGCAUUCGGUAUAUCAAGUUUGGCGACGUUUGGGGUCGCAGCGUGGCCUCCCCCGGGUCCAUUGCCCAGCUCCUUCCAGUUCCACCACCAAGGGUCCAACUUCGCGAUCUUCGUGAUAUUUUUCGCUCUAUGCAUGAUGGAGGUUGUCGUACUGAAAAUCAUAACUGAAGAACAGUCGAGGGAAGGUUCUUCGAGUGUGACGUCCAUGUGGUUCGAGAUGGACGAUGAGUGAUGAAGUGAAAUGAUGAAAUAGUGAAGUGAAGUGUAGUGGUAAUCGACUGUUUAGGAUAAGGAUUGUUAUGUAG